UCUUGGUUGCAUAAGAAUAUGGCUUCCUUCUUCGACUUUGCAAGAGGGCUGGAAGAACUCCAAUUCAUCUUCAUUCUUUCAAAGAUAAUGAUAGUAACGGGGGUGAUUGUUGCAUUCAGUCUUAUCUUUCUUAAAGCCGAAUAUGGAAGGUACUUUUCUUCGAAUUCAACACGGAAGUACGGCUUUGCAGUAGAUGCAAGAGUUGCAUGGUUUGUGCAAGAACUACCAGCCUUCGUCGUUCCAUGUCUGCUGCUGUUGUAUGCACGCAAAGACGUCUUUGGAUUGACUCCCAAUAUGACUCUGCUAUCUUUGUUUUUAUUGCAUUACACUCAAAGGUCACUCAUUUAUCCUUGGCUUAUCAAAGGAGGGAAACCGACUCCUGUUUUUCUGUCAUUUCUGGCAUUUAUGUUUUGUGUAUUAAAUGGAUACAUGCAGGCAAGAUAUUUAACAAAAUUUGCUCGAUACGAAAUGUCUUACUUAUCAAGUCCCCGCUUUGUUUGUGGUGUAGCGAUAUUUUUCAUGGGGAUGGCCAUCAACAUCCAUUCAGAUCACGUUCUGCGCAACUUAAGGAGACCUGGUGAAACAGGGUACAACAUUCCAAGAGGUGGUAUGUUCACCUAUGUGUCAGGAGCCAAUUUUUUUGGUGAGAUAGUUGAAUGGGCUGGCUUUGCUUUAGCCUGUUGGUCACUUCCAAGCUUAGCCUUCUUCUUGUUUACUGCUUUUAACAUCGGCCCAAGAGCAGUUCAACAUCACAGAGUCUCCUGAGACUCUGCAGGAGGCUUCUGUGUCUCUAUUGGAGGAAGGCAUUUCGAGUUUUCAGAGUUUUAACAUAACUUGACAUGUGGUCACCCAAAGGAGUGAAUUGUUGGGAAAAGUUUGGAUGCAAAAAACACCAGGUUCAAAUUAUGCAAAUAUGCCUCCUUUGAAUAAAUAGAAAAGUAAACUAUACAAGUUGCCUUGAAAUUUGGUACAAAGACUCCCAAGAUACCAACCUAAAAAACCAUGUGGGGGAAUUCCGUGUUUCAAAAUGGAUCUCCCACAAUGGCGCCUGGGUAAUGCAUAUUGGGAAAAACAUUUUGGUUAGCAAACUUGACAGAUAAAUUGCAAAGAAACCAAUAAGAAAGUUGGAAAAUCCCCACAAAGUUUCGGAGAUCAAUCCCUCAAGAUUGAAUUGAUUCACCAGUUGGCUGAUUGAGCGAUUGACCAACCAACUAAGUGACUGUGUUGAUUUACAUGUCAGCCUGUAGUGUUAAUGAUUGGUUAUUCUAUGUAGUUAUUGUGUUGUUUGUCUUUGUUUACAACAGCCUUGUGAUAAUUUUUGUUUUAACUUUCUUUCUUACAGCUGGUAUCUUACAAAGUUUGAAGAUUAUCCAAAGUCGCGUAAAGCUCUGAUUCCUUUUGUUUUAUGAAGCAAUAAAGAAAAUCAGGGAAGGGAUACAAUAAAUGAACAUUAAUUUUCAAAUUUAGAAUUGCUCCCUGAUGUAUCUUUUGUCUUACUGUGGAUUGAGAACCAACUUUUUUACAUCUAUGGUACUUAAUUAUGAUUUUUGUCAAUUUUUUUUUUUCAAUACUUAAGAUGCUUUGUGUCAGUAAAAAUAUUCCCACACCGUUGGUUAAGUCUCCCAUUCACUGUUCAGUAUUUUAUUGAACAACUCGUCCCCUAAUAAAUUAUUAUUCAUCAAAGA